AAGGAACAGAAACCUAUAAAGGUAUAGUCGCCAUAUCAUUACUGCAAUGUGGUCAGUGAAAAUGUUAAAGUUGACAGUGUUAGUUCUGUGUUUGGCCUUGGUGGCUGAUGCCGCGCUCGUACGCGUACCGUUAAGUAAGCCCAACAAGCGACGCUCAAUUAAAAAUAUUAGCACACAUUUGGCCGUGUUGCGCAGCAAAUACAAUGCGAAUUUCAUCGCCAGCUCCGAGCAAUUGAGCAACUAUUUGGAUGAUCAAUAUUAUGGACCCAUCACCAUCGGUACACCACCACAAAAUUUCCAAGUUCUCUUCGAUACCGGUUCGUCGAACUUAUGGGUACCCGGUGCACCGUGUGCUCCCUCCGACGAAGCUUGCUUAACACACAACACCUACAAUCCGGAGGCCUCAAGCACAUAUCAGUCCAAUGGUCAAACUUUCGGUAUAGCAUACGGCAGCGGUAGCUUAACGGGUUACUUAGCUGUGGAUACUGUCACUGUGAAUGGUUUGAGCAUUACACAACAAGGUUUUGCGAUAGCGACCGCCGAGCCAGGCAAUACAUUCCUUAACUCGGAAUUCGAUGGCAUUAUGGGUAUGGGUUAUCAAGAGAUUGCUGUCGAUAAUGUGGUGCCACCGUUCUACAAUAUGUACACACAGGGUUUAAUCGAUUCGCCCGUGUUUGCAUUCUAUUUGACACGUAACGGUUCAACCAAUCUAGGUGGUGAGCUAACACUCGGUGGCAUAGAUAGCAAUCAUUAUGUUGGUGAACUCACCUAUGUGCCGGUGGUUAACGAAGGUUAUUGGCAAUUCAAUGUGGAUUCGGUCAUUAUUAACGAUAACUAUAUAUGCUAUGAAUGCUCCGCAAUUGCCGAUACCGGCACCAGUUUGUUGGCUGUGCCGACCGACAUCUAUGUUAGCGUACAGAAUGCUAUUGGCGCUCAAUUGAGCAAUGAUCAGCAAUAUUAUGUGGAGUGUAUGGAUGUGAGCAGCUUGCCCACCAUUUCAUUUAGCAUUGGUGGCACUACCUUUGAUCUGAGCAGUUCGGAUUAUAUCGUCGAGGCCGAAUCCGAAGAUGGUGGUGUACAGUGUAUGUCGGCUUUCGAGGAUGCCGGCACAAACUUCUGGAUUCUUGGUGAUGUCUUCAUUGGCAAAUAUUACACAGUCUUCGAUCUGGGUAAUAAUCAAGUCGGUUUUGCUCCAGCAGCAGCAGCAACAGCACCGACUGUAGUGUCGGAGGAUCCCAGUCAAACUUGCAGUUGCGUGUGUUAAUAAAUUGUGAUUAUUAUGGAAACGAUAUUAACGAAACUUGUUUGUAAAAAUGUAUUUUACUUUUAUUUAAUAAAAAUAAUAAUUAUUGCAAAUUAA